AUGGAGUAUUGUCCACCGAAUGUAACUUUAGGGGAAGUAUGGAUAGACCAUGGAAUUUCACAAUGUUUCAUGGAGACAGUUUCAGCUUCCUUUAUUGGUGGAUUUCUUCUCGUGUUUGGGAUUAUACAAAUUGUGAUGUAUAAGAGAUAUGCUACAGAAGUAGUGGAUGUUAGAUCAUCAAAGCUAUUUUUAGUGCAAUUAUUUUUCACACUAUUUGUACCUGUAUUAGCUAUUGUGAGGUUCCUUUUACAGGCCUUUAUAUUUAAAGGAGGGCAUAUCUAUGGAUAUAUGAUAGUAGCAUUAGUGGUGAACUUAAUAGUGUUCCCAUUAUCUGCAUACUUAGCUGUGAUUGAGAGGCGAUUUCUGUUGCCAUCAGUACCACCUCGGGGCCAUGGCUUUGUAUUACUUGUGUUCUGGGCCUUGAUAUUUGUGUCUGAAAAUUUAUCCUUUUUGAAUAUCAACAAGGAAGGAUGGUGGUGGCAUUUAAAAGAUCUACAAGACCGCUUGGAAAUGUCCCUGUUUGUGGGUCGAUAUGUUUCCUGCAUGAUAAUGUUCAUUCUUGGCAUGAAAGCUCCAGGCAUAAUGCACCAGUUUGAAUAUCUUGAUAGUGAUGAUGGAAAUCACAGGAAUAUACCUCUGAGGGAUGACAACAGAUCAACAUUUCGCAAUGUAUUUAGCAAACUGCGAACACUUUUACCAUUUCUUUGGCCUAAGAAAAGUUUAUGUCUGCAGAUCUACGUACUAAUUUGUAUAUUGGCUUUAGUCGCUGGACGAGUCGUCAAUUUAUAUGUACCUAUUUACAAUAAGGAGAUCAUGAAUAGCUUAUCGAUACCGCCGCUAUAUUUCCGAUGGGAUUUGGUGGUGACGUACGUAUUUUUCAAGUUCCUUCAAGGCGGAGGUACCGGUGGCAUGGGACUGUUGAACAAUUUCCGCUCUUUCUUAUGGAUCAGAGUCCAACAGUAUACUACUAGAGAAUUACAACUAGAGUUGUUCCGUCAUUUGCACGACUUACCUUUAAAAUGGCACUUAUCACGCAAAACCGGGGAAGUCCUGCGAGUCAUGGACAGAGGCACAGACUCCAUAGACAACUUGCUGUCAUACAUUCUAUUCUCAAUAUUGCCCACCAUCAUAGAUAUCAUUGUGGCUGUGAUAUACUUUGUGACGGCCUUCAAUGUGUGGUUUGGACUCAUUGUUUUCUCAACAAUGUUGCUUUACAUAAUCGCAACAAUAGCUGUAACGGAGUGGCGUACAAAGUUCCAGCGUAGAAUGAAUCUUGCCGAUAACGACCAGAAGGCGCGCUCCGUCGACUCCCUUCUCAACUAUGAAACUGUCAAAUAUUACGGCGCAGAGUCCUAUGAAGUCGUGUCCUAUAGAGAGGCUAUAACUAAAUUUCAGAAAGAAGAAUUCAAAUCCUUGAUAACUUUGAACAUGUUAAACACAAUGCAAAACAUUAUUAUCUGUACCGGUCUCCUGGCGGGUUCUCUUUUGGCUAUCUCCAUGGUUGUCCGAACGUACGAGCUAACUAUAGGAGAUUAUGCUCUAUUUGCGUCUUAUAUAGUUCAGCUCUACGUACCGUUGAAUUGGUUCGGUACUUAUUACAGGGCAAUCCAAAAGAACUUCCUGGAUAUGGAGAACAUGUUCGACCUGAUGCGCGUGGAGACAGACGUGCGCGACGCGGCGGGCGCGCCCGACCUGCUCGUGCGGCGCGGCGGCCUCGAGUUCAAGCACGUGUCCUUCGGCUACGGGCCCGAGCGCCUCGUGCUGAACAACGUCAGCUUUAAAGUCCAACCCGGAUCUACUGUGGCGCUGGUGGGCCCCAGCGGCGCGGGCAAGUCGACAAUAAUGCGUCUUCUGUUCCGCUUCUACGACGUGAACGAGGGCGCCGUGCUGGUGGACGCGCAGGACGUGCGCUCCGUCACGCAGGCCUCGCUGCGCGCCGCCAUCGGCGUCGUGCCGCAGGACACUGUGCUCUUUAAUAAUACUGUUAGGUAUAACAUACAGUACGGACGACUGACAGCCACUGCCGCCGAUAUUAUCUCAGCGGCUAAGAUGGCGGAUAUACACGACAGAAUACUCACAUUCCCGGAUGCCUAUGAUACUCAAGUCGGUGAAAGAGGUCUCCGCUUGAGUGGAGGUGAAAAACAAAGGAUCGCCAUAGCUAGAACUUUGCUCAAAGAUCCCGCCAUCGUACUGCUGGAUGAAGCCACAUCAGCGUUAGACACGAACACAGAACGAAAUAUACAAGCGGCUUUAUCUCGGGUGUGCGCAAACAGAACAACAUUGAUAAUUGCACACCGACUUUCAACAAUCGUACAUGCAGAUGAAAUUCUUGUACUCAAAGACGGUGAAAUAAUAGAGAGAGGAAGUCACGACGUACUACUAGAACAAGCCGGUUUCUACGCUUCAAUGUGGCAGCAACAGUUGGAGACCAGAAACAGUACUAACAACGAAAGCAAUGCUGAAGGCAUCAACAACAACAUGGCGCCUCCACAAAUCAACGGCGCGGGUUUCUUCGGACACGGCCAUGGCCAU